CUUCCCAUGCGGAUAUCUCACUUGAUUUUCACUCACUAUUUUCUCCACGGCCCUUGGACACUGAGGUUUGAACUGGUUGAAUUAAUUGAAUUUAGUAAUUCAAGAGUUUUUAUAGAAUGGCUGCUAAUAAAAACUGGAGGAAAGUGAACCAAGUUUUCUCUAUUGACCAAAAGGACGCAUUAUUUCAGAAAUCAAACACAUUGGAAUUAAUUUCCAAGUUGGAUCUGACCCAAACUCGACACGGAAGCGAUGCCAACCAGCCGAUCGAAUCGCUACAAGCAUUGCGACCGUUUCUUCUGUACUACCGACUUUUCGGAUUUUUACCCAUUUCUAUUCACGCUGGGAAUUGCAGUGUUUGGUUUAACCGUAGGGGAAGCCUUACCUGGGUGUUCACAGUAAUUGCCAUUCUCAUCCAGUCCACAAUGCUUAUCAGGGCGGCACUGAUGUUCGUCGAGGGCUUAACGUCGACAACCAUGAACACGGCGUCCUUGGAGGUCGCAAACGCCAACAGCAUCAUUUAUUUUGGUCAUACGCUAGCAAUGACUUUGGUCAUGUGUCAUCGUGUUCAUUUACUCCCAAGUUUCUUUGAAUCAUGUAAAUCAGUUGAAAAACUUUGUGUCCAAUAUGAACAGAAAAAUGACAAAUUGGUCAGGCAUUGCUGGAUCUUGUUUGGAUGCUUUUCGUGCACCCAGUUGGUCGGUAAUUCACUCUACUAUUAUUCUCAAGUGGCAAAAAACAAUGUCACUUCUAUCGGCAAAUUUGCAGAAAUCAAUGAACUACAGGGGGAAAUAUACUUUAAUUCCUCCACACUUGGAGUAUCUUACAGCUUCUUUGAAUUCUACUGUGACAUUGGGUGGACAUUUGGCGAUACGCUGAUUGCACUCAUGUCGCUGAUCCUAACGAGGUUCUUUAUUCGUCUGAACAAAGGCAUCUCUGCCUCCAAAGCACAAACCGUUCACGAAGUUGAAAGACUUCGGAAAGAUCACCGAGCAAUUAAGGACCUUGUGGAGCAAUGCAACCAAGUAUUUGCUCCUAUCAUUCUUGUUAAUUUCAUGGGAAAUGUUAUCUAUUUGUUGACGAGGCUAUACACUGGAUUAUUUGAGGAUUUGCAGAAUCCAGAACUUAUUGUUCGCCUGGAAAGUAUUUAUGCAUUUGUAUACCAAAUCGGAAAAAUUAUGAUUCCAACAUGGUUGGCAGCUCUUCUAAAUGAAACUGCUGCAGAGGCUAUAGAUACCGUGCACGACUGGCCUUCGUUGAUCGAACUGGAGGAAACACGAAAUCGAAUGAUGGUGAUUACAAGGUUCAUUUCACAACUCAUAAACGAUCCUGUAUCUUUAUCUGGAUGCGGCUAUUUCACCAUUACGAAAAGCUUCUUGGUCACAUUAAUCAGCGGGUUACUGACAUAUGAAGUUAUCAUUCUACAAUUUCAGCAAUCUGGACUCUAA